GGGGAGGCGCGAGCCGGCGCGGCCGCGGACAGCGUCGCGGGCCGAGCGCGAGCGGUUAACCUCAGAAGUGUUAACAGCUGUUGAAGAUUCUAAGACACAAACACAUUGAGCCAGAGUGACCUACAGCACUGAGCAUCUGACACUCCCUGCUUCCAGAUCCUAAACCAGAAAAACAACACUAAAACCCUUUCUUCAGAACGUCCGGGUUCUCUGUGGGCAGGUCUUUCCUUGAACUCCUGGAAGCAAGAGUGUUAGUGCGCAAGUGCAGACUGCACAUCAGGUCUCUGUUACUAGGGAAGAGAAGAUGGCGAUGGCCUCAACAACUGUAGUGGUUCCUGCAGAGUGGAUCAAGACCUGGGAGAAAUCUGGGAGAGGCGAGUUUUUGCGUUUAUGCCGGAUUCUCAGUGAAAGUAAAAGCCGCGACAGUUUGGCUUGUAGAGAUUUCCAACAAGCACUCUAUGAGUUGUCAUACCAUGUCAUUAAAGGAACUUUAAAGCCGGAACAGGCCUCAAAUGUUCUUAAUGACAUCAGUGAAUUUCGAGAAGAUAUUCCAUUUAUUCUUGCUGAUAUAUUCUGCAUAUUAGAUAUUGAGACGAAUUGCCUAGAAGAAAAAAGCAAAAGAGAUCAUUUUACACAACUGAUAUUAGCAUGUUUGUAUUUAGUUUCAGACACAGUUCUAAAGGAACGCUUGGAUCCAGAAACAUUAGAAUCAUUAGGCCUUAUUAAACAAUCUCAGCAGUUCAAUCAAAAAUCAGUUAAGAUCAAAACGAAACUCUUCUAUAAACAGCAGAAGUUCAAUUUGUUGAGAGAAGAAAAUGAAGGGUAUGCCAAGCUGAUUGUUGAAUUAGGGCAAGAUUUAUCUGGAAAUAUCACUAGUGAUUUAAUCUUAGAAAUUCUCAAAUCUUUAAUAGGAUGCUUUAAUCUAGAUCCAAAUAGAGUUUUGGAUAUCAUUUUAGAAGUAUUUGAAUGCCGGCCAGAACACCAUGAUUUCUUUAUAUCUUUAUUAGAAGCUUAUAUGAGUAUGUGUGAACCACAGACACUGUGUCAUAUUCUUGGGUUCAAAUUCAAGUUUUACCAGGAGCCAAAUGGUGAGACUCCAUCAUCCUUGUAUAGAGCUGCAGCAGUGCUCCUGCAGUUUAACCUUAUCGAUUUGGAUGAUCUCUAUGUGCACCUUCUUCCAGCUGAUAGCUACAUUAUGAAUGAAUAUAAACGAGAAAUUGUGGAAGCUAAGCAAAUUGUUAAAAAACUUACAAUGGUUGUAUUGCCUUCCGAAAAAAGUGAUGAGCGAGAGAAAGAAAAGAAAAAAGAUGAUAAGGUAGAGAAGGUACCUGAUAACCAAAAACUUGGUUUGUUGGAAGCCUUGUUAAUUAUCGGUGAUUGGCAACAUGCACAAAGUAUUAUGGAUCGGAUGCCUCCAUACUAUGCAACAUCACAUAAAGUAAUAGCCCUUGCUAUUUGCAAUCUUAUACACGUAACUAUUGAGCCUAUUUACCGAAGAGUUGGUGUUCCUAAAGGUGCUAAAGGCUCACCUGUCAAUGCGUUACAAAACAAGAAGGCACCAAAGCAAGCAGAGAGCUUUGAAGACUUGAGAGAUGUAUUCACUAUGUUCUGCUACCUUGGUCCUCACCUUUCUCAUGAUCCCAUCUUAUUUGCAAAGGUUGUGCGCAUAGGCAAGUCAUUUAUGAAGGAAUUUCAGUCUGAUGGGAAACAAGAAAAUAAAGAGAAAAUGGAAACUAUCCUUAGUUGUUUGCUUAGCGUUACUGACCAGGUACUGCUUCCUUCUCUUUCUUUAAUGGAUUGCAAUGCAUGCAUGUCCGAGGAACUAUGGGGAAUGUUUAAAACAUUUCCUUAUCAGUAUAGAUACCGCUUAUAUGGACAGUGGAAAAAUGAGACCUACAACAGCCAUCCACUUUUAGUGAAAGUUAAAGCUCAUACAAUAGACAGAGCCAAAUACAUCAUGAAGCGUCUAACCAAGGAAAAUGUGAAGCCUUCAGGAAGACAGAUUGGGAAACUGAGCCAUAGUAAUCCAACCAUUUUAUUUGAUUAUAUCUUGUCACAAAUACAGAAGUAUGAUAACUUAAUAACCCCUGUGGUAGACUCAUUGAAAUACCUCACUGCGUUGAAUUAUGAUGUUUUAGCCUACUGUAUCAUUGAAGCACUAGCUAAUCCAGAAAAAGAAAGGAUGAAACAUGAUGAUACAACCAUUUCCAACUGGCUUCAGAGUCUGGCUAGUUUCUGUGGUGCAGUUUUUCGUAAAUACCCAAUUGAUCUUGCUGGUAUUCUUCAGUAUGUAGCCAAUCAGUUAAAGGCAGGCAAAAGUUUUGACCUGCUUAUAUUGAAAGAAGUGGUACAAAAAAUGGCAGGAAUAGAAGUUACAGAGGAAAUGACAAUGGAACAGCUGGAGGCUAUGACAGGCGGGGAGCAACUUAAAGCUGAAGGUGGAUAUUUUGGCCAGAUUAGAAACACUAAAAAAUCCUCUCAGAGAUUAAAGGAUGCACUACUGGACCAUGAUCUUGCCCUUCCUCUUUGUUUGCUCAUGGCACAGCAGAGGAAUGGGGUGAUCUUUCAGGAAGGCGGAGAGAAACAUUUGAAACUUGUAGGAAAGCUAUAUGACCAGUGUCAUGAUACCUUGGUGCAGUUUGGUGGGUUUUUAGCAUCAAAUCUAAGCACAGAUGAUUACAUAAAGAGAGUACCUUCAAUUGAUGUGCUUUGUAAUGAAUUCCAUACACCUCAUGAUGCAGCAUUUUUUCUGUCUCGGCCAAUGUAUGCACACCAUAUCUCAUCAAAGUAUGAUGAACUUAAGAAAUCAGAAAAGGGUAGCAAGCAGCAACAUAAAGUUCAUAAGUACAUUACGUCAUGUGAGAUGGUGAUGGCUCCUGUCCAUGAAGCAGUGGUCUCGUUACACAUCUCCAAAGUCUGGGAAGAUAUCAGCCCUCAGUUCUAUACCACAUUCUGGUCUCUGACCAUGUAUGACCUUGCAGUUCCACAUACCAGCUAUGAACGGGAAGUCAAUAAACUGAAGAUCCAGAUGAAAGCAGUUGAUGACAACCAGGAAAUGCCUCUAAAUAAAAAGAAAAAGGAGAAAGAACGCUGUACCGCCCUGCAGGACAAGCUUCUUGAAGAAGAGAAGAAACAGAUGGAGCAUGUACAACGAGUUCUACACAGACUGAAAUUAGAAAAGGACAACUGGCUCUUAGCAAAAUCUACUAAAAAUGAGACCAUCACAAAAUUUCUCCAGUUGUGUAUAUUUCCUCGGUGUAUUUUUUCAGCAAUUGAUUCAGUUUACUGUGCCCAUUUUGUUGAGCUGGUCCAUCAACAGAAGACUCCAAAUUUCUCCACACUUCUUUGCUAUGACCGAGUUUUCUCAGACAUAAUUUACAUGGUUGCUAGCUUUACUGAAAAUGAAGCUAGUCGGUACGGGAGAUUUCUUUGCUGCAUGUUAGAGACUGUGACUAGGUGGCACAGUGACAGAUCCACCUAUGAGAAGGAAUGUGGAAACUAUCCAGGAUUCCUUACUAUAUUACGAGCAACUGGAUUUGAUGGUGGAAAUAAAGCUGAUCAACUAGAUUAUGAGAAUUUUCGACAUGUUGUUCAUAAAUGGCAUUACAAACUAACCAAGGCAUCGGUACAUUGCCUCGAAACAGGUGAAUAUACUCAUAUCAGGAAUAUCUUGAUUGUACUAACAAAAAUACUACCGUGGUACCCCAAGGUUUUAAAUCUGGGUCAGGCUUUGGAAAGAAGAGUGCAUAAAAUCUGCCAAGAAGAAAAAGAAAAGAAACCAGAUCUAUAUGCACUAGCAAUGGUCUACUCUGGGCAGCUGAAAAGCAGAAAGUCAUAUAUGAUACCAGAAAAUGAAUUUCAUCACAAAGACCCUCCUCCAAGAAAUGCUGCUACCAGUGUACAACCAAAUGGGCCUUGUAGUGGGCUGCCUUCAUCCAUAGGAAGUAUAUCUAAAUUAGAUGAAAACAGUGCUGAGGAAGCCGACAAGUCACGAGAAAGAUCUCAGUGUGCUGUGAAAGCUGUUAAUAAAGCCUCCAGUGUCACACCAAAAGGAAAUUUAAGCAAUGGAAACAGUGCUUCUAACACCAAAGCUAUUAAGGAAAAUGACAAAGAAAAGGGCAAAGAGAAAGAAAAAGAGAAAAAAGAAAAGACCACAGCUAUUACUGCAGAGGCCAGGGUACUUGGUAAAGACAGUAAAGAAAAGCCCAAGGAAGACCAGCCAAAUAAAGAUGAAAAAAUAAGAGAGGCUAAAGAAAGAAUGCCAAAAUCUGAUAAAGACAAGGAAAAAUUAAAGAAGGAAGAAAAAGCUAAAGAUGAGAAAUUCAGGAUCAUUGUCCCCAAUGUAGAAUCAAAAUCCACUCAAGAAAGGGAAAAAGAGAAAGAGCCCUCAAGAGAAAGAGAUUUAGCAAAGGAAAUGAAGUCCAAAGAGAAUGUUAAAGGAGGAGAAAAAGCACCAGUUUCUGGCUCCUUGAAAUCACCUGUUUCUCGAACAGAUAUCACAGAACCCGAAAGAGAAAAACGUCGCAAAGUUGAUUCCCAUCCUUCUCCAUCACACUCUUCCACAAUAAAGGACAGUCUUGUCAAACUCAAGGAGUCUUCAGCAAAGCUGUAUAUCAACCAUAUUCCACCACCAUUGUGCAAGAGUAAAGAGAGAGAAGCAGACAAGAAAGAUUUGGACAAGUCAAGGGAAAGGUCCAGAGAAAGAGAGAAAAAAGAGGAAAAGGAGCGGAAAGAGCGGAAAAGAGAUUACUCAAACAAUGACCGAGAGGCACCCCUGGACUUAAUCAAGAGGCGGAAAGAUGAAAAUGGAAUAUUGGGGGUUUCAAAACACAAAAGUGAAAGUCCCUGUGAAUCUCUUUAUCCAAAUGAGAAAGACAAGGAAAAACUUAAGUCAAAAUCCUCAGGCAAAGAAAAAGGUGAUUCAUUUAAACCUGAAAAGAUAGAUAAAAUAUCCAGUGGGAAAAAGGAGUCCGGACAUGAUAAGGAAAAGAUAGAGAAGAAAGAGAAAUGGGACAGUUGUGGAGAUAAGGAAGAGAAGAAACAUCAUAAGUCCUCAGACAAGCACAGAUAAUGAAGACUCAACCAAAAGUGUGGGCAGGCCUCUGAGCUGAAGGUCUCCCAGCUGAGGAUGCCAGAGCUCUCUCUCUGUGUCACUCUCUAAACCCUAUCCCCCUUAACUGAGAGCUUCUGGUGCUGUCCAUCUUAUGAGAAUCCUUAAGUCAGAAGAUGAAUAUGCAUCACCAUCCUCUUGAGACUUUGCAAAGUCAUUUUCACCUCUGGGCAGUUCCUUGCAGCAAGAUCUCUGUGCGUACACUUUUUUCUUGAAAUAAUGCCACCUAGAAACAGCAUCUAUGAAAUUUUCACCAGCUGAGUCUUGGAUCACCCUUCUUAGAAAGGGGACUUUUCUUCAGUGGAGGACUUCUGGAAGGGUCUGCUGUGCAUUUACCAAUAUAGAAGAAGUAGGCUAUGGUGAGUUGAAGUUACUGUUCUACCUUAAAGGAGUGGUUCAGUACCAGCUAUAGAAAAUCCUGAGGUUGCAACAAAUUGGGUCUUUCAUACAUUAGUUAUUUAAUCUCCAACAACGUUACAAGUGCCUACAAAGCAUAAGCACACCCUCGGUCUAUGCUGCCUUUGCUGAUAAGCUGCCUCAUCUCACAUCGUUGAUGAGAGAGAUUUGUACAACUCCUUCUGUGUGCCAGGCCCUGUUCAAAGAUGAUGCUAUCUCCUCUCCCUCAUAGAAUGCCUCUAAGCUCUUCAAAUUCAUGAAUUUUAACAAGUCCAUGAGCCAGCUCUCAACCAUGUCACAAUGUGCCAAAAAAGCCUGUUUAGCUUUGCCAUUAUGUUCUUCACCAGUUCCUUGGCAUAUGCCCAGUUGGCAUUCAGUCGGAUGACUUAAGUACCUUCCAGGAAUACAUGAGGGACUGAAACAGUAGUCACAGAGCAUGACCAGGAAUGAAACCAGAAUUGAACAUGAUUGUCAGCACAUGCAAGCUGCCUCAGGGCGAGUGACGCCUGGUGAGACGGACAGGGCAUGGAGCACUCACUGGCAGCAUGGUGUCCCAGAGCCCGGUGUCGAUCAUAAGGCUAGAGAUCAUGGAGCUGCCGAACGGAAGAGACAUGAGUGACGGACAGGUGGUGACCGUGAGAUGCACAGGAACAGAUGGAGCAGCUGGUGCAGUGCAUGAACUGCUCCUGUGCUGGGACUAAUGUUGUGUCCAGGACAGGCCAGCGUCUCAGCAGUCAGCCGUGGCCCCGACUACAGUGGACCUGGAAGUUGGAGGCAGAAAUGGGGGUGCCAGGAUCCACAUGUGGUGAUCCACGAGUGUUACUGUGUGGUCCUGAGUGGAUUUUCCAUAACAAGUACAUUAUUUAUGUCUGGUUUAUCAUAUGAUGCUGGUCUUUAUAACUAAUUAUUAAUCUUCUACACUUGGUUUUAUUUUCCAUAAACUUUACCCAUGGAUGAAAGAAGAUUUUUUUUUUUAACUUUUCCUCACGUGACAGAUCUAGACUUUGAAAUAUUGAACUAAGGAAAAAGAAAACUGGAAAGUAUGUUGAGAAGUACGCCCAAUUGCUGCCCUGCCUAACUCUUCAGGUGACAAUGAAGUAGCUUUGUAAAGCUUGGAACUGUCAAAGGACUUCUGAGUACACUGCCAGCCACAGUCAGUACUAACAUUGCUAGCCAGUGAGUGGAGGGUGAGGCAUUGCCUUCCUUCCGCAGUGAUGCAGCCUGCGGUGGUUCAGCCCAGGCGCCCUCUGCUGGUAAGCUGCUUAACCAUACUGACAGCCAGCUGUGGCCCAGUGUGCUGGACUUUGUAUGAAUAGUUACGAUGUUGAUACUACACUUGUUUGGCUUCCUUCUCAUAGCUAAUGUCUAUGGAACUAGCUGUAUUACUUGUUUUUUUUUUUAAUAGUUUUAGCUCUGUUAAAUGCCCCCCAAAUUUCCAGAUAGUAUCUCUAACUGCAUCAGAAUUGUAUGGUUCCUUAGCUCACACUAAGUUUGACUUUCAACAAUUUGUUUAGUGUGAAUAUUUUUAUCUUUUUUUCAUGCUUCAACUUACUUGAAAAUCAAUAUUAAAAACUGUCUAGUAGAACCAACUUAUUAAAUGUUACUUUGGUGUGCAGUAAAAUGUUCGAUUAAGCAAAUGUUCAAGAAAGAUACCUGUUUUGAAAUUUAUUAUGACUCAUAAAGUAAAAAUCACUCCAUAGUAUUUCAAAGAUAAAGUCUCAACUGUUCUUAGUCCAGUGUGUCAGUAGAAUUUAUAAUACAAAUAAAGUUUGCUUAAUUAAAAGAUUUUUUUUUCUGAAAGUCCGUCUAUUAUCAGAAAGCUCCAGAGAGAAGCCACAUUAGUAGCCGCUGUUUUCAUUGGAAGAAAGAGUUUCUCACUGAAUUUCUGUGUAAAAUCUAUUCUCAAUAAGAGAUUUUUGUUUUCCAAAUAUCCUAUGUUGUAUGAUCUUUUGCAAUCUAAAAGGAUAAGAAAGAUACAAUCUGGGGCUGGAGAGAUGGCUCAGUGGUUAAGAGCAUUGACUGCUCUUCCAGAGGUCCUGAGUUCAGUUCCCAGCAACCACAUGGUGGCGCCCAACCAUCUGUAAUGGGAUCUGAUGCCUUUUUAUGAUGUGUCUGAAGACAGCCACAGUGUAUUCAUAUACAUAAAAAUAAAUGAACAUUAUAAAAAAAAGAAAGAUACAAUUCAGGGCUGGUGGUGAUCACACAAUCACUACAGAAGCCCUGUCUUUAGUGCUGUGUCUUAUAUUUUCAUGUUAAUUAGUAGAUUUUGUCAGUCAGGUCUCCAGUGGAAACAGGAGCGACAGGUCUUUCUGAGUCACUUGAUGAAUGGAAUCAUACUGAUUUUUUAACAGGUUUUUCAUAUGAUAUCGUCUCUAUCUUUUCAGUAUGCUGACCAAGUUCUUUCUUCUAGGUAGUAAAGUUUGUGUUCCAGGUAUAUUGAGUUUAUGUAUUUAUCAUGUAUGCACUGUUGUUAGGUGAAAACAAGUUUUAGUUUGCAGUGCAGCCAUUAUUCAGUAUUCAUGUGUACUGACCAUGUGUACCACAUCCAUUAAAGUCCCUAGAAGGUAUUUUUGAUACAUAUUAGAUACUGUGUUUUAAUAUACCUACAAGAUUAUAAAAAAUUCUUUCCUUCUACCCAUGAGUUCCAUGUGUCUGGAUUUUUUGUUUUAUUUUUUUUUUUUUGGUUUGGGUUUUUUUUUUCUUCUUCUUCUUCUUCUUGAGUCAAAGAAUAAAGCUUAAUCCUUUUCCUGGUACCUUGCCUUUUGCUGGCAUAAUUGGGAUAUAAAUUGUUCAGAUCUCCACAAUUAAGAGUUUCAAAAAUGUGUGAUACUGGCCACUUGACUUAAUAAAGACUAGAUAUGUAUAAACAGAUAGAAAAAAAUGUCUAUUUCCUCACUUAAAACAAUUGUAUAUUUUUUUCUUUUUAUUAGCAAAUAUUAGUAAUAGCCUAGACUAUGAAUAAUUUCUAUAUGUUGGGGGGGGCACAUAAUGAGGCAGUGCUUAUUACAGCAAGUACCCAUUUCAGGUAACCAAGUAGGCAUUGUAAUUACAACAGGGCUGAAAUGCAUGGAAAGUCAUUCUUCAGUUUCCUUAGAGCUGUAACCUGAGGCAGUUGAAGGGCGAGUAGUUCAUUUGGGAGGUGUAGAUAGUAUGAGGCUGAGGAAGCCUGCAAAGGGACGGUGUACAGAGGGUGUGCUGCAAGCUGGCUAACACUGCAGGCUGCCAGAACUGUAUUUCCUUUGUGCUACUCUGGAAACACUAGAAGACACAAUUCAGACAUACCUCAUGUAAGGAAGUGGGGUACAGAACUAGUCCAGGGGAGUGGCAGCUUGGUAACUUGUGAUCCAGAGCUGUAGCUGGACAUGAUGGCACAUGCUUGCAGUCCCAGCACCUGAGAGGUGGAGUCAGGAAGACCAGGAGUUUAGGGGUAACAUGGGCUACAUGAGACUGGGUCAAAAAAAUAGAGAAGAGCAGUAACUGAAGAAUGAUAGAGUAUCAUUAUAAUGCCCACAUUGUCCCUUAGAUGUAGACUUCACAAUCCAGCCUCCUAGUGCAGUCAGAUGGUGUUCUGUGUGCUUGCACUGCAUGAUUGUGUAGACCACGUAGGCAGAACCACGAAAGGCUAAAAGGCACAGUGAGAAGACAAAGCUGUGCUUCUGAUCCUGGUGGUAUUUACUAUCCAUGUGAUCAGGUCUCAUCUCUAAGUUCAGAAGAUGAAUCUGUACCUUGCUUCUCUGGUGUGUAUGGUCUGAAGCACAUUUGAGCUGAACUUUGCACAGAAGAGUGGAGGAGGUGCCUUGUUUUUUACAAAGAGGGAGGUCUGUUCAGUCAGCAAGAUGGAAAAGAUUUCUUGGCAAUUUAAAUUAUCAAAGGCAAAAGGGACAGAUUAUGUCUAGUAAUAAUUAAAAACUUACCUGAAAGGCUUUUCUAAGUCUCCACUUGGACACACAUAUUUCACAACUGCAGUUCGGGGCUCCUUUUUCCCUUAUGUUACAUCAUGAACAUGCCACAUGUUAAUGUACAUAAUAUAUGAAGUAUAUAAUGUAAUGUAAAUUGAUAUUGUAUGACUGGUUAUAUCUACAUAUUAAUAUUAAAUUAUGAAUGUAUAAUUUAUGUGAAAUAAAACACAUCCCUGGUAUUGGACA